ACGGCGUCAGGGCCUGGCUGAGGGGCGUGAUUGGAGGGCGCUUUCAGCAUCCGCCCGCCCGCGGCAGCAGCCUCGGCCCCAGCUCGCCUGGCGGAGUUACACCAGGCAGCGGCGCGAGCUGGCUGAGCACACCGCACCGCCUGCUGGAGUCAGCCGGAGCCCUGCAGUGGCUUAGACGGUUGCUGGGACCACCAGGUGGGCUCCUUUCCCAAAGGCAGAGCAGCCAGGAGUGCUGAAUGCAAAAUCAGACACGCGUUAGGGAGCACUAACCAAAGCCUGCAGGAUGGACUUCGUCAUGAAGCAAGCCCUCGGAGGGGCCACCAAGGACAUGGGGAAGAUGCUGGGGGGAGAGGAGGAGAAGGACCCAGACGCACAGAAGAAGGAGGAGGAGCGGCAGGAGGCCCUGAGACAGCAGGAGGAAGAGCGCAAGGCCAAACAUGCCCGCAUGGAAGCGGAACGGGAGAAGGUCCGGCAGCAGAUCCGAGACAAGUAUGGGCUGAAGAAGAAAGAAGAGAAAGAGGCAGAGGAGAAGGCAGCCCUGGAACAGCCCUGUGAGGGAAGCCUGACCCGACCCAAGAAGGCCAUCCCUGCAGGCUGUGGGGACGAGGAGGAGGAGGAAGAGGAAAGCAUCCUGGACACAGUGCUCAAAUAUCUGCCGGGGCCGCUGCAGGACAUGUUCAAGAAGUAACCCCUCCUCCUCCCCCUUCCAUGUUCUGACUUUUUUUUUUUUUUUUGGUGUUCUUAGUCUUUCUUUUCUUUUUAUUCAGUUAAGUCUCAGUUCCAAAGAGGAAAACCUCAGUUGGCCUCUGCCCCCAUCCCUAGUCAGGGACUCCUCCCCUCCGCAAUCCUUUACAAACCCUUCAUCCUAGGAUUUCUAGUCCUGUUUCACUCCCAAGUAGCUUGGAAAAAAAAGAAGAAGACAGCUUUACUCCAGCAGGGGGCAUUGAACCCAGAGCCAAAGGCACUGGGUGUCCCUCCAAAAGCCCAUGGUCUAUGUUAGUGUGGUAAACCCCCCCCCAUACAUUCCUUCAUGCUCCCCACUGCCAGGAGGACCACUGUCCCCAGCCAGCCAAAGUAAUGACACAUUCCAGCCCUGCCCAGCAUGCUGACCUUUGGCCUCUGAACCCCCAGUGGGAGUCCAGGUCAGGGCAGAGGCCCCGAGUGGUCUGGCUCCAGGAAAGCUAUUCAGAGUAAGCCUGUCCUGGAGAGCCUAGCUCUGAAAGGCUCUAGCUGGGUCUGGCCAGGUUAGAACCUGGGCAGGAGGCUUGGGAUGCCCUCUUUCCUCUUCCUGGUGUCACUGGCCAGAAGAACAUCUCUCCCCAACCCAACCUAAAGAAGCAUGGCCUCUGCCAAGCUGCUCCUUCCAAAUGGAUCCUCUUUGGACUUUAGCACAUCUGUGGAGGAGCCCAGGGCUGGGCAACCCCUUAUUCUCUCUCAUCUGACUUAGGUCCUGGGACCCCCACUGCCAGGCUAGGCCCCAGUUUGCCAAGCCAAGGGGCUGCCCAGGCCCCCAGAAAAUACUUGGAGCCAUCGGGCAGUGAUGGUCUGUGCCAUGAGGCUCAUCACUGGUACAGCCAAACUGCCCCCAUUCCUGUCCACCCUUCUUCCCUCCACGUCCUGUCCAUGUGCUUCCAAGUCCCCAUUGCCCCCCAGGAGGACCUGUCUUGGCCAAAGCCCCAAACAGCUGGGGGGAAGCCAGUCGCCACCUGACAAAAGACUGUCCGUUCAUCCCACUGGCCAAAAGUCAGCUCUCCUCUGGGAUGUAUAGGACUGGUACGUGUCCUCACGUACCACAUUGUCAAAGCUUCCUGCUCUGUGACUUGUAUAGAAAUGGAGGGACAGAGGGGGAGGCACAAUGAGGGACGAGCGUGUGAGUCCUCACACACUAGAUAAUGUAUGGCAGACCCAUCAGACAUGUAGGUGCCGUGUGUCUUGAGAUCGCAUGUGUGUGUGUUCGCUCUGUGCUCCAGGCUGUUUAUCUGACGUACCUCGUGUACAUGUGUUUGUAGGAUGUAGUGUACCUGAGUUUCGGUUAUGUUCUCAGUAUGUGCUAGCCAUCUCACGUGUUUAAAGAUUGCAUGUGUUAGCUUGUAUAUGCAUGUGCUUUCAAAACGGCAUGUGUGUCAAGAGCGACAGGUUACAUGUUAGCUGCAGACAUGUGUGUUUGAGAGAGCUGUCAUGUGGGCUGAGACUGGCGUUCGUGUGUGUGGGUCUAAAGCAAGCAGUUGUGUGCAAAAGUACAAGUUCUUGCUUGGAGAGCAAGAACCAGACUAAGAUGCUUCCUCCCAACCCAGAGACUGUUAGUCACAGAUGGCCACCUCUGACAGGAGACCUUACCUUGGCCUAGAGUCCUCCCACCCUUGGGGGUUUCCUACCUGAGGUCCUCAGAAUGCUACUGGGACAGACCCAGGCAGUACCCCAGGAAGCCAUGCUGGGCCCCUACCAGGGCCUAUCCCAAAAGCAGGGACCCAGGAGGGGGCGACUUGCCCACCCCUGAAGCCCCUGUCCCGCUGGCCCCAGUUUGCGUUCUGCAGGUUUUCCAUUUUAGUGGACUUACGCUUUUAUUUCGGAGAAGACAGAUGUCUUCCCUGUCCGUUUCCAAUAGUUAAAGCCAUAUCAGUUAGACCGCAAUACUUUAAAGAUGAGACUAAACAAUCCAUACGUUUAGGGAACCAGAAAAGUCCCCUGGUCUCUCCCUCUCUAAGGAGCAGGGCCUCGGCAGCUCCAGCUCCCGGGACUUACCCUCCCCCCACCCUACCCUCUUGGGCCCCUGUGUCAUCCCACAGGGGGCCAGUGUUUGUGUCUGUGUCUGUGGUGGGGAGCCAUCUUGCACCCCUAUUGUCUGCUUGUUUCUGUUUUUUAUCCCGAGCAGGAUGGUCAUUCUCAAGAGCCUUGGGGUCCUGGGCCAGAGACAGGCAGGGACCAGUCCAGGGGCCCCAGGCCUCCCUAGACCCUGAGUGUGACAACCCCCACCUCACUUGAAGGUAGGGAAGGACACUAGUGUUAAGAAAGACCUAACCUUUAACAAGGACUCUUAGACCUCACAGGUAACGGCACAGUACAGAGCACCAGAUGGGUAGUGGAGACCAAGACACGGGGGGCUGCAAAUAGGUAAGGAAACACAGCCAUGCAAGAACCCACAUGGGCCCAAGAGACUCCAGACCCUUCAACUGAAGUCCUUGGCGGUUUCCAUGGCUCCUCUGUGCCCACAGCAGGCUCAGAGCUUUUCAGCCCCACUCAGUGCCCUUCAGGCUGGGCUGGCUUAGUCUAGAUUUACAACUCCUUUCUAACCCCCAGCAACAGAUUCUGAGGUCUUCUGAAGGUGGAGGCAAGAGAAUUUCUACUUGGUACAUACCUUGGUUCCACCCACACGAAACCCAGGGAGAUAUAAUGAUUGAUAUUUCUGAACACAAUGGGUGACCCUGGAAGGAUGCUAUGUACCACACGUUCAUGGGAGGACAGAACUUGGGUGCUUGAGCGUUGGAGAGGAUGUUCAGUCACUCGAUGUGACUAGAGCAGGAGGUGUGUGUGGUCCACAGAAUGGGCAGAUGAAUAGAUUAUGCAGAAAUGAAGUGUGCAAAUGGAAUGCUGAAAAAAGAGGACACACACACACAUACACAUGCAUACACAUACACACAUACAUACACACACAUACAUACACACAUACAUACAUACAUGCACACAUACACACAGCAUGGAUGAUGGCUGGAGACAGAAUGAGGCACAUCACCAGCAGGCAUGUGCACUCUUUAGAAAGGCCAUCAGGCUCCUGCAUCUGGAAAUUACCACCAACAAGAAGAAAAGGGGCUUCUCUGGGCCUCUAUGGAGAUGACACGGGAUAUCCAGAGUACAUGUCUGCCAUUUCAGCUCCAAAGCACCAGAAAAUGAGUCCUUAGCAGCGAAACUUCAUGGUGCUUCCUGUGGCCAUCCCAGGUAAAUGAGAGUAGGAAAGAGACAAGCUCAGAGACCCCUCACACACGGCACAGCUGGUGAACAAACCAGCCAUUCUAAAGGCUUGUGUCUAGAGUAAGUAUGGCAUGGGGUUUCCAGCCCCAAGAGUACCCACUACGAAGCUAGCAGGGUUGCCUACCCACAACUCUGCCUCCAUCUUCCUAUGGUUUGGCUAGCCCUUGACUUCAUUGGGAGGCCUGGGGAUCAGACUGGCUCCCAUGGGGGAUGUCUCCCAGCAAAUGUCCCCUGCUCUAGUCCCCAUUCCUGUUGUCCUGCCCUUCUCACCAGGGAGAGACCCGAGGUGCUCCUGCUGGCCCCGGGAUGGGGGUGGGAAGUCCCACUGAGACCCAGGUGAGAUGGACCAUCCUGCUCACGUAGGGGAACCUCUUUCCCACAACUGUGCUGUGUCCUUGUUGCUCUGCUUCCUUUAAAUGUGUCAGUCUCUGGGGGAGGGGAGGGCCACACCCCCCGCACCCCCCCUUGAACCUGACCAAAAGCCAUGGCCGUGCUCCCCACUUUGUAUGACGCAAAUGCUAAGAUGAUGUACAAUACCAACCGAGACAACAAAGAAAAAGACCUUGUACAGCA